UAUCAUUUGUGGCAAAAGUAUCAUUUGUGGCAAAAGUAUCAUUUGUGGCAAAAGUAUCAUUUGUGGCAAAAGUAUCAUUUGUGACAAAAGUAUCAUUUGUGGCAAAAGUAUCAUUUGUGGCAAAAGUAUCAUUUGUGACAAAAGUAUCAUUUGUGGCUAAAGUAUCAUUUGUGACUAAAGUAUCAUUUGUGGCUAAAGUAUCAUUUGUGGCUAAAGUAUCAUUUGUGGCUAAAGUAUCAUUUGUGGCUAAAUUGUAUCACGUUACUCAAAAAUUAGUCUAUCAAAAGAAUGACCAUAGAUCUAUCAAAAACGAUACCUUUGCUCCUCAGAAGAUUGCUAAAACAUAUUGUCAAUGA